AUGUCUUUCUCCUCCGUCUUCCGACGCGCCGCUGUCGCCCCUGCCUCUGCUGUCCGGGCCUUUAGCACCACCACCCCUCGACCUCUGGCCAAGAUCACCAUCAUUGGUAAUCUCGCCGACACCCCCGAGGUUCACUCCACCAGCACCGGUCGCGAAGUCCUCCGCUACGCUGUGGCCAGCAACAGCGGCACUCGAGACAACCGCAAGACCAGUUGGUUCCGAGUCACUAGCUUCGCCGAGGGCCCUCAGCGCGAUUAUCUCAUGAACCUUCCUAAAGGUGCCAGCGUCUACGUCGAGGGUGAUGCCUCCUUGAGCACCUACACCGACUCCAACGGUCAGAACCGCACCAGCUUCAAUGUCGUCCAGCGCACACUCGAGGUUCUCCGACGUCCUCAGGCUCCUGAGCAGGGCGAGUAA